GCAUUCACCGCAGGAAUGCACCACGUGGCGACUAAAUUUUAAAAAAAUAUCGAAGUAACUAGGCGACUAUCUGGCGCGUAUUUUUCGUUGCGACUAAAAAUGAGCGGAAGAGUACAUUUUUUUAUGAACGGUUCAGUAACGUUGUCCAUGUGAAAAUGACGCAAUUCCUUAGGGUGUUCGUCCAUAUUACCCCCAGGGCCCAGCCCCUCUACGAUUUCAAGAGUUCUGAAGAAAGCUAUCAAAAGAAAUCUGAUCUAGAGUGCGACGCUGCAAUCAACUAUACGAUUGACAGGUAAAAAAACAACGCGAGCAAGAUCAGACAGCUUCAUCUAGUGCGCAAAUAAAAUAAGUGAAAGCAUUUUUAAAAACUAUUUGAAAUCAAAAAAUGUAACAGCUUGCGAAAAACGUAUCUUAUGGUAUGCUAGGUACAUAACGUGAGUGUAUACAGAGCUGAUAAAUCUGUUUUGGCAAGCUUCGUUAACAACCUUCGCUUUGUUUUGAGUCAACGGCUUCACUGCGCUAGAGCUGCAAUCGUGAGAAGUAGUGUGACUAGUCUGCGCCGCAACAAACGCCGGUUGAGGAAAUCAGCCUUGAACUUGAUCUUGAAGCUGCCAUUGCCCACUGCAGUCGAGCGAAUGGCAUGGAAGAGAAGAGGAAAAUAAUAGCAUAUUAAAAUAGUGCAUUGCGUAACAUGCAAUAACAACAUAAUAACCAUGUCGAACAACUCACGGGCAGCAUCAGAAAGACAACUGCAAACGAGGCGAGUGAAAAAUUCCAACACGAACCCCAAGCAUCCAACAACACCCCGGUGACGUCCGUUUGAGGCGCCACAUCAUCUCGCUCAGCACAUGCACAAGUGCUUGAUAUGCUGUUAGUCUCGUUUUUAUUUUUUUCGUAUGAAUACAUCAAACUCAAAUCUUUUGGUAAACAUUCCAUGUCAUCAUCAGCUACGGUCUGAAGCACAGUGCGAUAAAAGUCGAAAAAUGAAUAACAUGCAUUUUAUCCCCACAUACCACGUGCAAUUAUUUGACCUUUUGACUCAUCUGAAAACUAAUGUUCAUUUCGAUUUGAAAUUUUUCGUUUUUUGAGCCAGUUUUUGAAAUAUUGUCCAACUAUGUAGCGAGGAUUGUGGCUUACGUUUGUCCGGUGAGUUUUAAAUCCGGUUUUAGGGGUCUCCCAGGGUAGGCUUUUUUACAUACGAAAACAUCAUGAACGAAAGUGAAAUGAAUCUGUAAAUAAAUAAUAUAUUUGUGUGGGACCGAAGACCUUAUCUGACGCUACUCAGCGACAAUACAGAAAGGUAAACACCAAGUGGAGGCGCGACCGUUUCACAGUGGAUCGGACGGUCAGGUUUGUUCGGGUUGUCCGAAGAAGGAUGAUUACUUUUGGGCUCAAGUACUGUUGAAUGUUGGUUGGGCUUUUGAUUUUGCGAAUAUCACUAUAUAAAUCAUAGUCUACUGGAACCGUGAGUAUGUAUCGUAACAAUUUAGGUACGACACUUUUUCAUGAGUUUGUACCACGGUGUAAAAUCCUGCUUGAGUCAUACUGUUUUAGUUCCGACAACGAAUUUGGGGAAAUAAGUGGGUCAUUGGUAUUAUCGAUGUCUCGGAUAAAUGUGAGUUCCCAUAUGCUCCACCGUGAACCCGGACCGAGUAGCAGACGCGCUUCAACGGUAGAUACUUACGCUCAGAUGACGAUGAUGAUGCACAGACAAACUCCAAUUCAGUUGCGAUCGAACUACAACUCGUUUAGGUAAUCUGCAUCUCCCGUCGCGCGUAGCAAGCGGUCAUGCGUUUUCGCGAUAGUGCCAUCAGGUGGACAAAUAGUCAUUAAGAACAACCGCAGAGGAAAAUGAGUAGUGCCGCAGAGAAUCGAAGGUUUUUGCUGCCGUUGGUCGUAAUUAUACUGGCAUCGAACAUUGGGGUAACAUGGUCAACGGACAUCACCGACCGGAUAUCCCCCCUGGAUAGUGACAUGAUGAGAAACUUGUUCCACACAAUUCGCAAGUGGAUGUUCAAUAUGGUUGGAAAGACGGGAUUGCGGACGCGGGGUACUUUCCUGCAGGACAAGAUUCCAGACGAUCUACCGUUUCCAUGCAAUGUCUCGCUAGGAAGAAGCCCACGGACGCCUAGAAGUGUUCACAAACUACGACCUGGUGACAUCAGCGUUAUAGCUGCCAUGGGAGAUUCUCUAACUGCGGCCAGCGGAGCAUCGUCCACCAACAUAGUGGAUUUGUACAUGGAGAACCGUGGCCUUGCUUGGAGCAUCGGAGGUCAGUGGAACUGGCGCAAUGUAACGACGCUACCGAACAUUUUGAAAGAGUUCAAUCCCCAGCUUGUCGGUUACAGUCUGGGCGACGCCUAUCCGUUCCAUCGCGAAACGCAGUUUAACAUGGCCGAAAUAGGUGCCGUCUCGUACGACAUGCCAUUCAUGGCACGUUCGCUGGUCAAAAGAAUCCGCUCCGAUCCGAGGGUGGACUUCAAACGGGACUGGAAGAUGGUCACAAUCACCAUCGGGGGAAAUGACAUCUGCUCGUUCGUGUGUGCGAUGGAGCACCCUGAAGAUCUGCCCCAGAAGCACCGGUUGCGGAUGAUCCGGGCACUUCGCUACCUGCGGGACUAUAUGCCGAGGACGUUCGUGAACGUCGUAUCAGUGCCAUCAGUGGAAACGGUAGUAGGCAUGAAUCCAAAGCCCGGAGUGUGCCAUACGCUGCAUCAUGGUGAAUGUUCCUGUUGGGUCGGAAUGGCCUACAACCAGACUGACAAUUCCAGGCACCGCUGGAAGAUGAUUCAGCAAGCGAUGGUUGAGGUGGAGCAGGAAGUCUCACGGAUGGACGAAUUUCGUCGACUGGACGAGUUUGCCGUUGUCUACCAGCCAUGGUCGACGCACAUAUCGCUCAAAAUGAACGGUAGGGACGUGGACUACACUCUGUUAGCAUACGAUUGUUUUCACAUGAGCCAGAAAGGAAAUGCAUAUGCAGGUACUGCGCUGUGGAAUAAUCUCAUGGAACCGGUGGGAAAGAAAAGCAUCAACUGGCGACCGCUCUUCGAAGAUUUCAGGUGCCCUUCCGAGAAGACGCCGUACAUCUACACCUACGAUAAUAGCUAAGACCCCGCCAAAACUCGACAUUCGUGUUCUGCGUUCCUCGCCCCUUUAGGUUAAUUUAAUUUAUUUCGCCAAACCACCGCAGUGAAAAGAAUGCCAGACGGUAAGUUUAGCAAAUACCUUGCCGUCAACGUGAUUGAUUUCAAUUAGACCCGUAAGUUAGGUAAGCCCAAUAAAGCUGUGCUAAUUGUGCAUCCAAACUUGAA